GCCAACGAACUGGCCGCCAUCGCAAUCUGCGCAUUACAGCGAUAUGCAGUACAAUUAACUUUCAGCGACAAUAAUUACAGCCGUGUUGUUUGUGGUGUACAAGGGCAGCUGUGUAUUACAUCAUCUGGCUGUUGUGUCCUUCCCGAUUAUCUGACCUGUUUUAUCGGUGUGAAGCAUGCACUGACCGGAAGUGAUAUAUACAGCUGACAUAAUGGGGCGAUUAUCUUUCUGCUGGACAGCGGCGAUCGUCGUCUUCCUUAAUUGUCUUCCUUAUGUACUCCCCACUAACCGAUACUACGGGACAUACGUCACGUAUGGAUUUGGCGACACGUAUAUCAAUACGAAUCACGCGCACCGCGGCCCGUCGCAUCCGCACCGGAAGUGGAAUGUAGAGUGCUUAGAUGGAGAGGCGGUUAUCGGCAUCGGCGAUCUUACGGAUGAUUUUCAGAAAUUGGUUACCGUAUGGUGCCGUUUCACCUUUCCCUAUAAACCCUUCCUCAACGGCUUGUAUCCCUACUAUCCCGAUUGUUGGGCGCUGAACUUCACCUUCCAGUGGCACUGCUAUAGUCCCAAGUAUCACGACGCCUCCGUUAACUCCUUCGUCACCGGUUUUUGGGACGAGGAGAUCUCCUUCUUCGUCUUCCGGCCAUUCUUAGAUAAUGCGCAGCCGUAUAAGUGCUGUAAAACGCCGCAGGGAUAUUACAUCGACUACAUGUCCUGCUACUACAUGCCGACACGCGAUCAGUAUGGAGAAUAUUACGACUCAUCGAUGCACAUGCUGGUAUACUGCGCGAGCGGCUACGUGGUCACCGGACUAGCUAAGAAGAUGAGCGUCUGGACCAAAGACUACCACAUUGAAUGGAUCCAUUGCUGCCGGGUGGGCUACGGUGCCGUUCCCGACUUCAAGCGGCUCCCGAGCAGCGGCGCAUACUCUUACGGGAGCUACGCCAACACCAGCCAGCCGGGCCGACCCACGGCUGCGUACGCUGACCAAUACAACAUGGGCAAUCUGGGCGCGCAGGCCCUGAAACGCGGGUACGCCGGCGGCCAGGCCCAUGGCUAUGACCAGAGCCCCUACACCUCCGCCGGAAGGUCCCUGGGCCCGGCGGAUCUCUCGGUCAACACCGUCAGCCGAUUAGGCAGCAGUCCGGGCGAUGAACACGACGAAGAACAUGAAGAGCACGAUACGACGACCUAUAAACCGGCGUAUCCGGUGGAAGCAGAGGUCUUUUCCGGCUAUGACCCCGACCAGCAUAUAGGCGAGGAGCCGGGGCUAGAGUUGACGCAUCCGGACGUGUACCAGAAGGCUAGCGACGCCUUUUCGGCCUGGUAGAGAAGUGUGUGUUUGUUAUCAUUGGAGACUGUGAUUAGAUGCCAAUGCGUUCAUGUUGCUUGGUUGUUGUUGCAUGGCGCUCGUUGCUGUACGUAUUUGUCCGUCCGGUUUUCUUUCGAGGCGGAGGUUUGCGCGGUAGUUGUCGCCGUUGUAUAUUAAUAUUGUUGAUAUGGCAAUCAUUUAUUCAUCUUGGAUGGAUUGUCAUAAUUAUUGGGGAAUUAGCAAUAAAAACAGCACAAUUAAA